UCUACGGAUCAGCGAACGUGCAGUAGGCCAUGUAUAGAACUGGAGCAGCCGCGUCUCCAUCUCCUUCUCCUCUUCGGUCCGGGUGUCUCUCGGAGAUGCCGACAGACCGCGCGCAUGGCUUACACCGCGCCUGUACGUACUACGUAUCAGGCCACACCAGGCCACGUCGACGUCACCGACCAGUCAGAUUACUCCGAGACGGAUCCGACGCCGCUCUUCUUUUCUCUCUCUUUUUCUUAUCUAUAAAGAAGCUCCGAAGACGUUAAUGGUCCGCGUAGGAAGCUCAGCCCCGCGAUUUAUUAUAAUUUUUCUGACACUCGAGAGAUUGUCCGUUGAGAAACGUUCGUCUCUUGAGACGGAAAUGCAUGCGGUUCGCGAUUUCGUGAUUCGAUGAGCAACACCGAACGUGUCUCCCGCGUUGCUCUACAAUAAUUUCUCUCUCUCUCUCUCUCUCUCUCUCUCUCUCUCUCUCUCUCUCUCUCUUUCCCUGUCUCUCUAUUGCGGAGAUCGCGCGGUUCGUGAACGAUGGACGUGACAGCGCGAUAGGUUUGACGAUUCGAUCCGAAGUGCGAAUCUUCUCGAUAUCAUGACACGUCUACGGGGCCGUGCGUCACUAAUGAUCGUCGCGACGAUCAGCUUCAUCCUGCUGGUUGUCAUAUACCACAUACUGAGUAACGAGAUCGACGACAUGUCAUCGGGCAAAAUCAGCACGCGUCUGAGAGCCGAAGAUGUGUAUCCAUCAGGUGAACUCAUGGACAGCCCUCAGGGCGUUGCCAGAAGGCAGCUAGUAGAUGGACAGAUGACGGACGGCACUCCACUGUUCAAGGGUCAUAAGGUCGUCCACUUAGAUCUGAAAGGCGCCCCGCCUAAGAUGAGCUAUUAUAACUACCUAUUUCCUCUGCUGCGAAAACUAGGAGCCACUGGUGUGCUUGUGGAGUACGAAGACAUGUUUCCCUUUGCUGACAGCAUCGAAGACAUACACGCCGGCAACUCUUAUUCCAAGAAGGACAUUGCGCAGCUUCAAAAUAUAGCCAAGAACAAUCAGUUAAUCAUCAUACCAUUAAUACAGACUUUCGGUCACAUGGAGUUUGUUCUUAAAUUGGACAAGUAUAAAGAUUUCAGAGAAGUUCCACGUUAUCCGCAAGUUUUAUGUCCUACGUAUAAUAAAACAUUAUCCUUGAUCUAUGAAAUGAUAAACCAAGUCGUAUCAGAUCAUCCAACGUCAAAAUAUUUGCACAUAGGUGCGGACGAAGUUUAUCAGAUAGGAGAAUGCUCAAGAUGUUUAGACAUCAUGGCCAAAAGACAAUGGAGCAAACGACAGUUGUUCCUGGACCAUGUCUCUGCAGUAGUUAAGUACAUCAAAGAGAGAUAUCCAGAACUGACUGUACUUAUGUGGGAUGAUGAAUUUCGUGAUAUAUCGCCACAGGAAAUUAUUGACAGGGGCCUUCAUUCGAUGAUAGAACCAGUUAUUUGGAAAUAUACCACCGAUCCUGGCAUGACGCUAACGGAUCAGCUGUGGGAAAGUUAUGCCGCCGUGUGGAAGGAAGUCUGGAUUGCGUCAGCAUUCAAAGGAGCUACUUCACCUGAUAGAUAUUAUACAGAUAUUUCAUAUCACAUGGAGAAUCAUCAACGUUGGUUAGAAAUCAUUCAGAAAUACUCAAAUCAAAUCACAUUCAAGGGUGUCAUAUUGACUGGAUGGCAGAGAUACGAUCACUUCAGUGUCCUUUGCGAAUUACUGCCAGUGGGAUUACCAUCUCUCGCCAUUAAUUUAGCUAUAUUACAAGCUUCAGAUGUAAAUGUAUUUCCUGUAGAAUUACCCGAUCGUAUAUCUGAAGCUUUACAAUGCGAUGGUAUCAUCUCGUUAAGCAUACCAGAACCACAGUACGGCUGGACCAAAUGCAGUUUCCACGGAGUAUCGGUAUACGCAGCUAUUUUACGUCUUUACUCUUUGACACAGGAAAUAAUGAAGAUGGAACAGGAUAAUACCUAUAAGGGAUGGCUAAAAUCAUACAACAUUAAAUAUUCUUUCGCGAGUCCUAGUUAUGUUGAACGUGCGGUUACUGAUUUGGACAGACAUAAAAUGGAAAUAAUAUAUAUCGAAAAAGAGAUGCGUACAGCUAUGGAAGAUAUUUAUGACGAUUAUACAAUACAAGAGUGGCUUGAGACAUAUGUCAUACCUGUAAAUGAAAAGCUCAAUCGGUUAUGGGAAAUUAAGGAGAAACUUUUAGAGAAAAAUACAUGGCCAAAGAGACCUCUCACAAAAUCUGAUUUAUAGUAUAAAACGGCAGUUUCUUGGAAUAAAUAAGCGAAAAUAUUCAUGUUCUUUGUGGUAUAAUAUA